UUCCGCGUCUCUUAGUGCAAGUGCACUUCCUCAUUGUCAGUGGUAGCAAAGUGCUCACAGUCUAGUGGCGUUCCUGGCUGAAAGACCACACCUCGCUAUUCGUUUUAUUUUAUAUCCGAUCCUUUCAGAUGUCGAAGCCUCCUCCCAAGCCGGCCAAACCAGGCCAAGUCAAGGUGUUCAGAGCAUUGUACACCUUCGACCCCAGAACGCCAGAUGAGCUGUACUUUGAAGAAGGAGACUUCUUGUACAUUUCUGACACAAGUGACUCCAAUUGGUGGAAGGGGACGUGCAGAGGAAGGACGGGACUAAUUCCAAGUAACUAUGUGGCUGAACAGACAGAAUCCAUCGACAAUCCAAUGCACGAAGCAGCCAAACGAGGUAAUCUGAGCUGGCUGAGGGAAUGUGUGGAGAACAAGGUUGGAAUCAAUGGCCUGGAUAAGGCAGGAAACACUGCCCUCUACUGGGGAUGCCACGGAGGACAUAAAGAUGUGGUGGAGCUGCUGCUAAGCCAGUCCAAUAUCGAGGUCAACCAACAGAAUAAACUUGGGGACACCGCUCUGCACGCUGCUGCCUGGAAGGGUUAUUCUGACAUUGUGGAAAUGUUGCUGAGCAAGAAUCCAAGGACAGACAUCAGGAACAAUGAGAAUAAGCUGGCUCUGGAUAUGGCCACCAACGCCCAAUGUGCUUCACUUCUCAAAAGGAAGCAGGGAAGCAAUGUCACCCGCACACACAGCAACGCUGAAGAGUAUUUGGAUGACGAGGACUCAGACUGAGCCGACCCUGUUGAAUCGCCAUCACUGUCUUCCAUUGGGUUUGGGGAUGAAGGGCAUCAUGGAGCUCAGAGAGAUUUAUUACAGAUGUCAGAAUUCUAAAAUGGAUUUACUGCUCUGUUUCCAAAUGUAACUCCAUUUU